GGUGGCAACGCUUAGUAGUUUGCACUACAACCUGUUUGAGUUUUCUUUUCGUUUAUUUAUUAUUUGUUUUAUUUGUUUAAAGUGCAAUAUAUAUCCAUUUAAAUAAUGGCUCGUUACUUCAAAGAACAGGAUAUUGAUGAAUUCCGUGAGUGUUUUUAUCUGUUUGCUCGUUCGGGCCAAAUUAACAAUUUGGACGAACUAACUGUUAUUAUGCGUUCCUUGGGCUUAUCACCAACCAUACAAGAGCUGGUUUCGUAUUUAAAGCAAAAGAAUGGCAAAAUGAGUUUUGCUGACUUUCUGGACAUAAUGCAUCAACAUUCCUCUGUGGAAAGUCUGCCGGAUGAAGUAAUCGCUGCCUUCCGUGCAGCUGAUCCACAGAAUAAGGGUACUAUAUCGGCCAAGCAGCUACGCAACUUGCUUCAGAACUGGGGCGAAGGUUUAUCCGUUCGUGAGGUGGACAAUAUCUUCAGGGAGGCUAAUGUCAACAACAAUAGCACUGUGCGUUAUGCUGAUUUUGUGAAAAUCGCUUGUGCUCCAGUUCCGGACUAUUACUAAACAACGUUCUUUAAGCACUUCACCACAUUCCAGUACUUAUUUCAAAUCUUAUGCUAAUAUUUCAUUCUUCUGCUCGCACAAUGCAAAUAAAAAAGAGUUUAAUUAUUUAUGAAAA